GUUGCAUCCGUUGUUCACAGUACGAGCAGCCCUUAGCGGCUCCCCAUCUCACAAGUGUUUAUGAAGUCGGCUUUCCGGCUUAGAUCUUUUUUAUUGUGUGACAUGUUUCACAUCAGGCCCUGCGUGUGCUCCAUCAGUUUCAAUCACUUUCAUCAAUAUGGUAUUGUUCAAAGGUAUUGUUCCUCCAAAAGGUUGUGAUGAGUUCAUGUACAGUGGACAGAAAGGCUUGCAGAGGUUCUUUGUUCUUGCCCUACUGUGUGUGCCUUGGAUACUUCUUGCAAAACCCAAUGUUUCGAUAAUGACCGCAAAGCCCACCAACUGUUUGCUCUUUCAUUUAACAGACAAUCUUCUGACUUUCCCCAACUUUCAAGCCAUCCCGUACCUGCAGAGAAUGGCAUGGAUGCGGAGGUGGGAUCGAUGUCAGGGACAGCACACUAAGGACAGUAAAGAUGGGGCUCCCGUGCUGCAGAGCAGUGAAGACCACGACCUGGGAGAAAUCUUCAUCCAUCAGGGCAUCCACACGAUGGAGUACGUGCUAGGCUCUCACGCUGCCUUGUAUCUGUGACUUUGGGCACUGUCACUGGUGCAUGCCUGUAAGUAUAUGUGGUUAUCUUUUACUUGUUUUUCAAAUAAUUUAUUGCACUAUGGCAAUAUAUUUUAAAUAUAGAGUAGGAAAAAUUAUAUUUCAUAGAGGUGCCACUGAAAGUAAUAAAUUGUAAAUCCUGGUUUCUGUGGCUGUCCUAGAUAUAAUAUUGCUUGUUUUGAUUUACUCAUUAACUCAUUCUUUUCCAUGUUUAAUUUCAACAAACUUAAAUCAAACCAGGUAUUUAAUUUUGUUAAAGUAUUUAAUACAGAUUGUGGAAUUUGGUCAGUACCGUUACUUUCAGUAUAAUUUCAUAUUUAGUGGACAUGUACAGUGAGCAGAAAGAGUAUAGGUGUCCCAUCAUUGUGUAAUAGGGGCAUUCGGCAGUAGAUGAGCACUUAAAAGGAGAGAUCCUCAGAGGUGAGAUUGACUGUUAGUGAAACAAUCUGUAUGAUGAUGUAAGUUAAGUUAGUCACUCACCCCUGUGGGACCUAUUCUGGGAGUAAUCAAUGGAAAAAAUCGGAAUUUUAUGUGACACUCAAUAGAAUUAAAAUAUAAUAGUAUAUUGGCUUGUUACAUGGCAUAACACAUAGGGUAAGGUUGUAGGUUUGAAACUAAUAAUGGCGCUAAAUUUUUGUCAAUGUCUUUAUUACUUUUAUUCCAUUAAUGGUUUUAAAUCUAAAUUUUUUCCUUUGUCACAACUUGUUAAUCACUGAGUAAAA